AUGGAGGGAUGGAAAGAGAGAGAUGGGAGAGUGGGAGGAGUAGAGAGAGGAAGGAGAAGAGAGAGGGAGAAAGAGAUGAAGAGGGGGAGCAAGAGGGGGAAGAAACCAAGGGGGUUACAUGGAGAUGAGAGAGGGGGAAAGACAAGUGGAAGGAGAAAGGUGGAAAGACGGAGAGACAUAGAGAAAGAGAGAGAAAGAAAGAGCGAAAGAGAGUGGGAGAGGGAGGGAGGGAGAGGGAAAGGGAGGGAGAAUGGUCUGUGGAUAGGGGCAAAGAAAGAACAGCGUUUAUUAUCCCAAAACCUUGUUUCUUUAAUAAGCCUUGGUGUUGUGCUAUAUGUCUUGGUCUGUGGUGCCCUACCCUUCGAUGCCAACACUCUACCACAACUCAAGGAAAGGGUCUUGGCUGGCAAGUUCAGGAUACCAUUCUUCAUGUCACAAGAAUGCGAGCACCUGAUACGGCACAUGCUGGUCCUCAAUCCGGCCAAGAGGCUGUCCAUCGACCAGAUCAAGUCCCACAAGUGGUUUGCGGACUGCGGGGUGCCUGCUACCCAACCAGUCAGCCCCGUGACAGAGAUCCCCAAGCCCAUAGGAGAGUUCAACGAGCAGGCUCUGAGGCUGAUGCAGAGCCUUGGAAUCGAUCAGCAAAAGACCGUAGAUUCAUUACGGAGAGAUGCCUAUGAUCACUACACAGCCAUAUACUACCUCCUAGUUGAGAGGUUAAGAUUACAUCGAUGUAGUUUUCCGGUCGAAGGUAGAGUGGACAGCCGCAGCCGUAGACCAAGUUCAAUCGCGGAUCAUGCAAUAAUGAGAACUCACGGUGGCAACCUCACGAACAUUACUCCUCACCAACGAAACAGUAAUGCACGGAAUGCCAUUCAGGUCCAACAACAACCUUGCGUCAACACCUCGCAGCAGAUGCUCGGAUUCCGACCGAUUCAGCCAAUACAGCAGCCUACGCAACAGAUGGUGUCGGAGUCGGCGCAGUGUGCUUUGCAACGGAAGAGGAAAGAACCUCCUCUUCAACCGACCACAUGUAUAUUUAGCGAAGGGGAGAUGGUUCCGGUUCCUCCAGCUGUAAGUGGGGCGUUACUUGAGCCUCUGCCAAGGAUGAACGUCAGAAAAGUGCGCUCAAUGUCCCCAAAUCAUAUGGUGGUGACAUCCAUCGACGAGGGUGUAGAAGCAGACUUGCCGGAAAGCGAGAAUGAAAUGGAGAAGGUCGAGUCAAUAGAACAUUUUAAAUCGCAGAGAACGCCCUCGCUCGCAGAGUCGUAUGAUAUACCAACAAGCAUGGCACCGAGUUUGAGUGAUUUUGGCAUUGAACCUCAGGAACUGUCCGCUUCGUUUGAUUCACAAGAGGAGAUGGAAGUUGCGCAGAGCUUCGCCCAUGUUCAAGCGCUCUCAGAUAGACUGUUCCCGUCAAAUUGCAAUUCACCAGAUCUGACGCAGCAGCAGGCAGAACCAAUUAUCCCACCUGCACCACCACAGGCAAUGUUCCAUCAUUCGGCAUCGCUCGACCGCUCUGGAAGCCACUCGCCUGUCAGCUUCCGAGAAGGUCGACGAGCCUCUGACGGGCUCAUUGCGCAAACAGGACUCUCAUAUAGACAGGUCAGUACAACUCCAUUAGCACAAGGACACACAGAUGCUAGUUUAGACAGGCAACUGAAAACAAAUGUGAAUAUGAAUUCGUGUAGUCUUGCAGCUGAUCAUUCUAAUCAAUUACAAAUAGUUGGAUUCAGUGGACAGCAGCUAACAGAAGUCAGCAAGGACAAUUCUGACUUGACAAAUCUUCCGUCCUGCCAGGUGGAACAAGAAUCCGUAUCGUGGCGCCGCUUUCCGGCUCAGGUCCAGUCUAUGGAACGGCGGCAAAACCGCAUGCAUGCCAUGAAGCAAGGGGGUCAUACCGAACCCCCUGGACACCUCACACACAGUGCAUCCCUUGCUGGCAAAUCAAGUCUUGAGGAUAUGCCCAGAGAGUUCCCGAACCAGGUUGCACCGAAUCAACGCACCUUACAACGCACGCUCAUGCAGCAAAGGCUAAUGCAGAAGCGCCAACAACUCCAGAAGCAGUCGCAACUCAGCCAACAGUUUGGCAGGAUGCAGCUGGAACGGCAGCCCAGCUUUGAAGGGCGCCCUCCCGCUCCCAAUAGAACCGACUCCUACAAGCAAGCGCAGCAGCACCCCGUUCUUCCACAGUACGCAAUCAACGACGAUUCCUCGUUGAACAACUCGCUUAUUCAAUGUCACAAUGAGUUCAACCAGGCAACAUCGCUGGGCAGCAAUGCCCCUCUUCAUUAUGAUACAACGUUAAAUCAGGUGCCGCAAAACUUUGAAGCGCCCUCAUACGAUGAUAGCAUGGACACCUCGGACGUCACUGUGCCAGCGUCGCAAGCAGGCAACAAUUUUUCAUUCACUCCCUGCUAGCAGUGACUAUGCCACUAUUUUGUGGAUCCAUAGCUCAUUUUUUAGAUAUCAUUUUAGAAGUGCUGGCUGGUACAGCGAUUUUGUUUGGAAUUUUGUGAAUCGAUGAUGAUCUUUAUUUUUUUGGGUGUAGACCCUCAAUAAUUUGAGGUAUGUGGAUAUUACGUGUAUAUGCCCAUGUAUCCACAGAGUGUACUUAUUGAAGAAAAGAUUGUGUCGUAGAAAGUGGAAACAAUUGCCAGAAUCGGUGCAAUUUCCAGUAGCCAGGGAUGGCUUGAGAAGAGAUCAGAAGAAGAAAACAUAUUUUUUGGUAAAUAAUAUUUUGAAAUGUCAUUAUAUCAUAGAAAUGUUGAUAGGAGAAAUGUUUUAUUUUAACCAAGCAACCAUACCAAAGUCAGUGUUCAUUUAUCUCGUUGAUGAAAAAGAGACAAUGUAUUCCUCAAGAAAUUUACUCUUGCCAGGGAAAAAUCAAGCAGGAUUUUGUCAUGUAGGAAUUGAUUUAUUUUCUACGUGAGGUAGAGAAUAUUUGAAUAUGUGUUAGCCAUGCUAAAUCCCUGCCCUAUUUGUUUCAGUCCUUUGCAAGAGAUGUUCUGCUAGUAGUAUUUCAUGUUUGACAAGGAAUGGGAUGGACUGAAUUUGCAUCUGUAAUUAAACAGCCUGUGAAAGUGUCACUGUUAUUAGAAUUCGAUGGGGGUUUGCGAGAAUCCGUUGUACAAUUCUCAAUUGCAAGUCUUGAUUGAUUUUAGUUGUUGAAAAUGAAUGAACACUGUCUGUUGCAAAAACAGGCAAAGGGGGCGUUUCACAUGGAGUUAAGUCUGAAUUAUAGUCAUGCUUGAGUUCUAACACGAGAGUUAACAUCUCAUAUCCCAUGAGCAUGGUCUUUGUAUUGCAAUGGUGCAUUAUUUUGUGAAUCCAUGAUGAUUGCCGUGGUCUCAUGGUUACGAGUCUCGUCUCUCAAUCAGAGGGACGUGGGUUCGAAUUCCAGCCAUGGCGUGUUUUCCUUUAGCAACAAUUUACCCACAUUAUGCUGCAUUCAACCCAGGUGAGGUGAAUGGGUACCCAGCAUAAUUAAUUCCUUGAAAUGCACCGAGUGCUCGAAGGCUGCUUGAGCUAAAGCUAGGGUAAUGAUAAUAAUAAUAUUAACAAUGCACCUAAGAAUAGAUUAUCUCUAUAUAGAUGGCGCAAUAUAAAUGCCUCAUUAUUAUCAUUAUUUUAGACCACAUGCAAUUUCGAAUUUAAGAGUGAUGAUUAAUCAGACUUAAAAUGGCUUUGUGAAACACCCCCUCCAAUCGAUGGCAGGAUAUAUGAUGGAUCCAGACUUGACUAAAAAUUUAUUGCAAUUUUCUCGCAAAUCCCCUCAAAGUUUGAGAAUGGCAAACGUUACUACUAGAGUAGCUCUAAACAGUCAGCAGUCAACCGAUGUGCAAAAGCUAGCUCUUUGUUUGUUUUGUGAAAAAGGUGACCCAAAUCAUGCUGGCCAGCUCAUCUCAAAAUAGACAUUGCAGAAAUAAGGAAUAGUCUGACUUAGAGGCAAUUUCUAUUGGACUGUUGAUCUUCUUGAAAGUAGCGACCUACGGAAUGAAGAUUCAUUAUUGGUCCUCAUAAAUAAGUAAGACUAGUUUACUUAGCAAUUUAUGUAUGCUGCCCAACUAAUUUCCACACUGCCUGCUCAAUAUAUGCAUUAGAGCUGAAUAUUUGUCAGCACGAAACACAUUUGAAAAAUACAAGUUUGUGAAGAAAACAGUCACAUUGCUUCCUAUAUGAAUACCAUAUUUUAGUAUCCUGCUUAAGCAAAACAAAAUGAGAAAAGCCAUGUAUUAUUCAGUCUUAAAGUUUCUGGGGGAUCCCUUGUGAGGGCUUAAUUUGCCUAUAAAAGGCUACCAUAUAUAGGAAUAUGUAUUGCAAAGCUACGUAUGCUGAAGCUGAAAUAGUUUAUUCUAUGCAUACAAUUACAAUAUGCGAACUGCACUCUAUUUUUCACUGCUCUAUAUUAUGUUCACAUAUCUGUUUACUAGACAAUAGGCAUUACUAUAUCCUUUUAAUGGUGUUCAUAGUAAGUUAUAUUACCCGAAAGUUUAGUAAAGUUCCUCUUGUUAAAGAUAAGAUCACAGCUAAGCAUCGUCAAAGCUUGACUUCAUUGUCUUUGAAUUUUGAGAGGGGGGUAGAUUUUUUAUCAUACUGUGCCGUCCAUUGAAAGUCCCAUAUUCUGUAUCACUGGAUAAGUGAUGCUUCACCAUUUCAGAGGACUCAGGAGUAAUUAGUAUACAAAUAAUACACAUCUUGAAGGGAAGUAGUAAGAAUUAUGGGCACAAGGCACCUUCGGAACAGUUCCAACACGCCCGAGGCAUGGCCGAGGGCAUUUAGACUGUUUUAAUGGUCGCAAGUGUGAGUAAUUACGGUAAUGCCCAAGCAAGAUGAUGAGUAUGAGAUGUUUUAUUAGAAGGGGAUCUGGAUCUUCUAACAACAAUCAUUAAAUUUCAAUGGCUCUUGUUAAAAUAGAUAUAUCAGGCCCCCAUCUGACAAAGAGACGGGAUCAGUCACAGCCAUUUGCGAGACAGGGCCUAAUAGCAACCAGCUCAUCCACCGCUAGCCAAUCAGCAUCACGUAUUCUGAUGUAGCACAAUAAGAAAGUCUUUGAUUGGGUAUAGUUUUAAUGUUUGAUUUUGGGAUGAUAAUGCACUCAAAUACAACGUUUAAUAGGCACAGAACAUUGACCUGCCAGUAAGAAACUCAUGCAGUUGCUGUCUGUUUAAACCACUUCAUUUCCCAUUAUGAUACGUUGAUACCAUGAUGAAAUGGAUUCGUGUAAAAGUUGCAUUUUCAAAAUGAUAACUAUGUUACACUGCAUCUUAGAAGAAUAUCGUACAUCUGUUUCCAGGCCCAUUUGGGGGCCACGGAACGAAUUAGAAAGUUGGUGGAGUGGUUGACCAUGAACAUAAAAUAAAAAUUUGAUGGUUAUUUUCAUCUUCAUGUACAUGGUUCCCAUCGCGUUACCUACCCCCCCCCCCCUUUUUUGUUGUGCUACCACUGCUGCUCUAUCAUACACUGCACCUCUAUGGGUGUAUAGUAUAGAUAAUAGUUUAUCCAUCUCAGCCCCUUAGUUGUUUAGACACGCGCUUAGAGACGGCCAUUCGGGAUUAUAUACCAAACUUUGUGACAAAGACAGAAGACGUCGUUACUGAUAGCAUACCGAGAGGCAACAGAUUCUUUACAUUGAUGUUCGUCAUAACGGCUAUUUUGGUGCUUUGAUUUUGCUGGAGUAGACAUAUAGCUUGCUCGAAACAGUUGCCAUUUUAUUUGUAACCAAGAAAAAAACGAUGAUUUAUUUAUUGAUAUAUUUUUAAAGCGAGAGAAAGAGAGAGAGAGAGAGAGGGGGGGGGGACUUUGAGUUCCCAUGUUCAUAAUGUGUUAUAUUUUUGUGUGUUGUUUGUACGAGUAUGUGGUACAGCUUGUCGAUCGGUUAGAAAAAGGUCGGCGCGAAAGGAAAGUCUUGUUUUUUAUAUCUGUGCUGCAGUUUUAUUGUAAUGUUGUAGGUAAAAUAGGCCUAUUCUGGGGAGUGUUUCAUGGUGCAUAUUGUCAGUGAUUUUCACUAAUUUAAUUACUCUCAGCCAAUCAGAAUGCUUGGAUUUGCAGUAGCUUAUAACAAUAGUCAGUGAAAACCACCCAUUUGUUUCGUGCAACCUCCCCCGAUUUCAAGAAAUUCCACGUUUCCACCUUUAGAUCAGUACUCGUCC